AUGACAGUGACAACGAUCGAGAUUCCCGUGCUGGGUAGCUACCCGUCACUCAUUUGGAUCAUUCCCGCUGCGUUCCUCGCAUUCAAAAUCCUCACCUUCGGCAGUAGAGAGAAACAUCUUCCGCCCGGUCCACCAACACUUCCCAUCCUUGGGAAUGCUCAUCUGAUUCCAUCGAGAGGCGUGUACGCCAAACUCAAAGAGUGGGCCGAUCAAUAUGGAUCGAUCUACUCUCUCAAAGUCGGGCAAAGCACUAUGGUUGUGCUCAAUGACAGACAUGCCGUCCAUGAACUCUUGACAUCAAAAGGGGCGUAUUACAAUGACAGACCGAUUGAUCAGCAGUAUGACCUCGCUAUGCGUCAAGAGAAUACUUCUUUGAUGCAUGAUGGUCCUGUAUGGAGAGCAGAACGGAAGAUUACAGCCACGUACUUCUCCCCCAAGAAUCUCGACGGCGCACUAAGGGGAGUACAAGAGUCUGAGAUUUCUGUCCUAAUGCACGACCUACUAGAGAAGCCUGAUGAAUUCAUGGAGAGUGUGAAAAGAACAACUGCUUCUAUCGCAACCAUCACAAUUUUCGGUCAGCGUGCUCCCAGUUGGGAAAGCUUCUGGGCAUAUGCGGUUUACAUCGCCAUGGAUGGAGUUUCUACUAUUCUCGAGCCUGGUUCUUACCUGCCUGUGGAUCAAUUUCCAAUUCUGAAAUGGAUCCCGGAUCGUUUAGCCAAGUCCAGACAACGAGGAAAGGAAUUAUACCACACCAUAACAAACAUUUGGACCAAAGCUCGCGAAGACGUGGAAUUGCGAAGAAGCCAGGGUAUCAGGAGGGAAUCUCUCAUUGACAAACUUCUCGACGAAGAAAUCAAGUGUGAUGUGCCCCUCAGCUACACAGCGUUCAAUAACUUCCUAGGAGGCCUACAGAUGGCAGCUGCCGAUACCACAGCCACAGCGACCUUGACGAAUAUUAUGCUCCUGGCGAAGCACCCUGAGGCCCAGGAGAAAGCAAGAGUCGAACUCGACAGAGUCUGUGGCACAGAAAGAUUUCCCAACUGGUCUGACUUCAAGAGCUUGCCGUACAUUAAUUGCAUUGUGAAAGAAGGGUUACGAGCGAAACCAGUAGUACCUACCGGCGUACCUCAUGCCUCCAAGCAAGACCGAUGGUACGGUGACAUGUUCAUCCCAGCUGGCUCCUCCAUCUUCAUUCCAGCAUACGCACUCAACCACAAUAGCGACUUGUCGCCGGACCCUUUCACCUACAACCCAGACCGCUACAUCCCUGUCGCCGACAAACUCGCGCCUGAACUCGCCGCUUCACCCAAUUACGAAGAGCGUGAUCACUACUCGUACGGUGCAGGGCGACGAAUGUGUGUCGGGCUGCAUCUCGCUGAGCGGUCUCAAUGGCGCAUGGUAGCACAAAUCCUCUGGGCAUUCAAGAUAGAGCCAGCGAUUGGGUCCGACGGGAAGGAGGUCGAACUAGAUUCGAGCCCGGAAGGGUACAUUGAGGGGCUUUUGCACACCCCUAAGAAAUACAAGGUGAAGUUUGUCCCGAGAAGCGAGAAGCAUGUCGAGGUCAUCCGACAAAGUUUUGACGAGGCUGUGGAGUUUUUGCGGCAAUGGGAGUAA